UCUUCGAUUCGUUCUUAUUGUGGCAAAUGGCUCGUACAAAGCAGACCGCACGUAAAUCCACCGGAGGUAAAGCACCUAGGAAGCAGUUGGCUACCAAGGCAGCACGUAAGAGCGCUCCGUCGACAGGAGGAGUUAAGAAACCCCAUCGGUAUCGGCCGGGAACUGUUGCUUUGCGUGAGAUCCGUCGUUAUCAGAAGUCGACCGAGCUGCUGAUCCGCAAAUUACCGUUCCAGCGCUUGGUGCGUGAGAUCGCACAGGACUUCAAAACUGAUUUGCGUUUCCAGAGUGCCGCUGUUGCCGCCCUACAGGAAGCCAGUGAAGCUUACCUUGUUGGAUUGUUUGAGGAUACCAAUUUGUGCGCCAUUCACGCCAAACGCGUCACCAUCAUGCCAAAGGACAUCCAGCUGGCCCGGCGCAUACGCGGCGAGCGUGCCUAAAUUGAGAGUAAAGAUACGUGUAUUCACCAUUAUAUAAACAAAAGGUCCUUUUCAGGACCAGCCAAUGCAUCAAAGAGUUAACUGAUAUUUCCUGCCUGAUCAAAUGGUUUAAUUGUUGAAGUUAUAUUUACACGGAAAAACUAUCAACGGAAAUCCAGCAAUAAAAUUAGUUUGUCUUACUACUUAAAAUUCUGUUUAACAAUUCCCUCAUAUAUUCUCGGUUAGUUUGAAUGAAUUUUGAAAUGAAGAAUAUGAACAAAAUA